GUGUAACGAGCCGCUCUGUGCGCUCACUGGCUGCUGCGCUGCCUCACUGUGAGAGAAGCCCGUUCAGAGGUCGGACUGUCGGGACCGACCACCGGCCAGUAGACGACCGGAGCUCAAGAGUGCACAGCUGCACCGGCAACCAGGAACCGUGAACCGGGGAGAAGUCAGGGGACACUUUACGCUCGGAUCUGAGAGAUGGAAUGCAUUGAAAGGACUCAGACACUGUGAAAGUUUGACAUGGAGACACAAGUGAAGAGACAGUUGAUCGCAAUAAAGUCGACCAUCCUUCUCGACCGGGUCUGAGGUGCAGCGGAGGAUGACACCUGCACCCCGCCUGGCGAGGACCGACGCGCUGUUCCACACUUUGGCAUCUUUUUGAAGAGUAGGUCAGAAAGCUUCUGCGAGAGUGACUUUAUUCUGCCUCUGACUGUGCAGACAGAUCAGCAUCCAGCCCGCUGCCAUCCUGACUUAUCGGCUGUGGCUGCAGAAACAGCGCAUUUGUUGCGCCUUCCUUUAUAUGUUUGCAUCGCGGACUGCGGCAACAACAACAACAACAACAACAACAACAACUGUACACACAGGUCUCUGCAGCCACAGUCAUUUAAACUGUGCCCUCACCUCGAUACGUCUGCACCUUCUCGUCUCUUCUUGCUGUUUCACAUCUGCUGGAUAUUAAGAAUUAAAAGAGAGCUUUGCCUCAAACGCGUCCUCUCUCUACAACAACAGUACGGCAGUAUAAUCUCUGGAGCACUGACUCACCAUGGGCACUGUACUGUCGCUGUCUCCCGGCUCUCGGAAAUCAGGCUACUAUGACAACCGGCCAGGCUCGCUCAGCCACUACCCGAGCCUCAGCAGCCGCUCUCUUAACAGCCAGAAAGACCGCGGGCUGAAGCGGGGCCAGUCCAUCUUCCUCCCGGCGCUCACGUGGAAGCGACUUGUGGCCUCAACGAAGAAGAAGGGCACCUCUAAGAAAGGCCCUUGCGGUCCUGUGGCCCCCGGGGACCCUCUUAACAACAACAACAACAUCAACAUCUACCAGAAGGACCCCGUGUUGCACCUCAACCGCGAGAAUGUGAAGAAGUCGCUGUCAUGUGCCAACCUGUCCAGCUACGAGGGCCCAGCAGGACUGGGUCUGGGGCUUGGGUAUGGCCUCGGGUUGGGACAGGGGUACGGGUGUAGCUACAGCAAGUCCCAACAGCUUUCCUCUGUGAAAAAAGUCCCCCAGGGGACAGUGACUUCGUCCCCAAAGCGUGUCAUCGUACAGGCCUCCACCAGUGAGCUCUUGCGCUGCCUGGGGGAGUUCCUGUGCUGUCGCUGCUACCGUCUGAAGCAUCUGUCUCCGGCCGACCCAGUGCUCUGGCUGCGGGCUGUGGACCGCUCGCUGCUGCUGCAGGGCUGGCAGGACCAGGCCUUCGUCACGCCGGCCAACGUGGUCUUUGUCUACAUGCUGUGCCGAGACGUCGUGGACGGCGACCUGGUGGCGUCGGAGCACGAGCUGCAGGCCAUCCUGCUCACCUGCCUCUACCUGUCCUACUCCUACAUGGGCAACGAGAUCUCGUACCCGCUCAAGCCCUUCCUGGUUGAGGCGGGUAAGGAGGCCUUCUGGGACCGCUGCCUCGCCAUCAUCGAUGCCACCAGCUCCAAGAUGCUGCGCAUCAACGCAGACCCGCACUUUUUCACACAAGUAUUCGCUGAACUCAAGAGUGAAGGCGGCUGUGGGACCCAGGACUAUAGUCGGGUGCUGGAUCGGUGAGAGCGCCCAUCCUUGCUGACCGCAUGCCUUUUUUGUACACUCAUGCACACGUACGCUUGCACACAGACACACACACAUUUGUCUCAUACAGAUUCCUUGCCCCUUUUUCCUCUUCUGCUGCCGUGCAGGAGCUAUGAAGGCCUAUGUUGACAGAGCUUUGUAGACAUAUUUAAUCAUUCCAUCUGUGUUUGUUGCCAUUGUCCCGUUCCAUCCACAGAUAGAAAUAGGGAAGAUUCUUCUCUGAUAAUUGGUUAACAGAGGCUAAUAGAUCAUGUUUCUUCUCCUGGAAUAUCCACCUGAGUUUACUUGAAUUGAGGAACCAUUUGGUCCACCUGUCCUAUCCGACCCCAUGUGUUGCCCCGGCUGCCCCUCUGGAUCCGCACAGCCAGGCGCCCCAGCAUCCCCACCCUCCUCUCUGAAUGUGAUCAAUCAGUCUGCACGGGCCGAGAAGAUGCCAUCAUCACUCACAAAACACCAUCAAGGAAUUUUCACUGGUUAUAUUCUAAAUGUCUGAGUGGAUUCACAGACAAUAAAAUCCAUCUAGGCCAAGUUACAUAUUUCCUGGACAAUACAAGAAGACAUCUUGACAUCCGCUGCAGGCUAAGCCCCGUGUGCCAGCAGUGAAAAGUGACUCAGACUGAUGGGAACAGCUGAGAGGUCCAUGUAAGGUCCCGCUGGUCCUGCUGUGCGCUGUGUAAUCACUAAAGCAAAACGAACAGGCAGUGUUUUGUGGAGCCUUUUGAGGGUCGUCUGGCCUGAGGGGACAGUUGCUAUUUCUUUUUUUUUAUCUCAAACCUGCCAAUGAACUCCUCUGUGUUUCUAUUUUAUCUCAUCUCAGGAGAGUUUUCUGGUGGAAGCAGCACAGAACAUGCAUUUAGAUUUUAAGAUUGUGUGAGUGCAUGCCUGGUUAUGUGUGUGUAGGCAUUGUGCGGUGGACGGCAGCCAGGGUCAUCAGCUGUUUACUCCAUCCUUUGUUCCCUGCGUCUUGUUGACAGGGCACCCACAGCCGUGGUAUUAAUGAGAUUAGCAGAUUACUGCAGCCCCUCCUCUCUCUCAACCUCUGCCCCCUUCUUGUCCACUCGGCUGCCCUGCAGAGCUUCAGUGGCUAAUCCAGGCCAGGCCGGACCAGUGCUGGACUGUAAACACACACAUAUGUACAUAAACACACACACACACACACACACACACACACACACACACACACACACACACACAAACACUUUUAAAUACCUUGUCGUGUGUGCUUCAUUCUCCUCGGUGCAUGAAUAAAACGCACGUGUGCAGCUCAGGGUCCAGCGUAGUGGCAGUAAAGCUCUCUGAAAGAUAUACAUGCAGCAGUGGGAGAUGAAGCCUGUUGUGGUUGAAGGGGUUUGUUGUUGUUACUUCUGAAUUUGUCCCAGUUUCUCAUCAGUCACCUGCGCAUCCUCAUCUGCCAUCGAGAGACUUCUCCCUCGUCCCUCCCUCAGCUCCUGUCUCUUGCUAAAUUAUUCCCUUGAUUGAACCAAAAUAGCUUUAAUUUCUUUUUCCCAUGUGUUUGUGCAUGUCAGAGGUGGACACAGAUGAGGCCAAGGUUCGUUGUUAGAACAAAAAUAUAUGCGUUUUUCUCUUAAAAGCAGAUUAAAUAUAGUUUCAGAUGGAUAUUAUGUCCUUAUCCAUCUGCAUCUUCUUUAGAUUCCUGCUGCAAGAAUUCACUGAUUACAAAUUGAAGUUUACAGUCUUUAACUGCUGAUAGCCUGGAAAAAGCUUCCAGUAGUAGAAAAAAGGUAGAAAAAUAGGUGGAAACCACAAAUUAACUGCUAAUUAUGCAUCAAAUUGGCUUUAAAAGACAUUAAACAGUCAAACUACAAAGUGUAUGCACUCCACUGGACCCUUUUUAACCCAUUUUCUUUCAUCAAAACUGAUAUAUGACUUAUAGAAAUAUCUAAAAAUAGCGAGGCCUGUUAUAGGACAGUGGUUGUCAACCUUUUUGGUUCCUGACCCCUUAAAAUUAAACAAGGUCUUCUUGCGGUCUACAAGGUUAACACACCCCCUACUGUUGGUUGGAUGUUUGCUAGUUACGAGUUUAACCUUGUUUCAUGUGAACAAUUUUUAGAGUCCCAAAAGAGUUAAGAAUAUCCUGUAAUUUGCCAGAAAAGAUUAGAUUGCUUUCCUACUUUAUUAAUCAAAUCACAACCACUGGUGUCCAGUAGGAUGCUGCUGCUGCUUCAAACCUAAAUACAUGGAUGCUUCACUUCCACCAAGAUGUCUUCCUCACAGUAGCAUGUGGCAAAAGCCUUAAUCUUAUUGUGUUCGGUCAUCUGGAGGUUUAGGUGCUCCACGUCCCCCCCCCAUGUGGCAGUCGCUCUUGCACACUUUGCUUUGACGCUGCAGUAUAUACCCCACCCACAAGGUCGUAUGAUAAGCGAGCAUCCCUAUAAGAUCCGACCUUCACACACAUGUGCAAACAAACUGGUUCACAUCCUCUCCUUGGGUAAUCCAGCCCUAAUCCUCCCACCCAAUCAAACAGAGAGAGGGAGCGAGGGAUGAAAUCAUGAGGAAAUAAGUAAACGGUUCAGAAUCCGAUGAGAUUUGGUGUCACACUUCCCGUAGAGUCCUGGCCCUCGGCUCAGCCUUCAAAUCUUGCUCCAACAAACUGGGGGCCUCAGAGACCCCGAAGCUCAGCCCCUGCUGCCUACUCCUGCUCAAACCGGGCUUAUUGGCGUCAAGCCUGCCUCCCUGCCCGUCUGAGGGAUCUCGCAUGAGCUCACACCAGUCAACCAGAGAGGAGUGACGGCAGCGAUUCACGCCCAGCGAGAGCAGAGCUCCGAGACAGCGCCGUCUCUCUUUCUGGGAGCUUUGACUGGCAGCCAUUUUGGGCUUGUUGUUGCAGUCAGUGCAGCUCUCUCUCUCUCACUCUCUCUCUCUAUGGCUUGGCCCCAGCUUUGACAAGGACACUUGUGUCUUGACUCAACCUCCCCCCCACUCCCUCCCUCCCUCUUCCUCCCCCCCCUUCUCCCUCCAACCCCAUUUCCACACACACUCAGCUGUUGUUCCCAGCCUGUUUCAUUAGAUUUGACACCCCACACCCGCCAGCCAUUGUCAGGACGAGGAAGGGCAGAAUGGGACUGUUUGUUGGCAUCGGGUCGGUUGUGUUUGUGUGUGAAUGUGGGUCAGAGUUAAGGGCAACAUCUGCUUCCACCAUUCGUCUCCUGUAGACCUGGAACGUUAAUUAAAUCAGAAGAUACAGUACAAGUUGUUCAAGUGGUGCUGAUAUUAACUCUUGCUCUGACAUCAGUGACAAAUGAGGAACAAUCUGCUGCAGGUUUUCCUUCAGCAGCACGUUGUAACCUUUCCUUUAAUGAAAAACAACUCAACGCUCAUAUUUGGCUCAUUGAUUGUGCUCAUUAAUAGCACAGACACAGAGGAACCGUAGCAUUUAAGCCUGAUUGGGCUUUAACGCAAUUUGGCAAAUGUGAUGUAAUUUUGUCUCGACCAAGAAGGCGACUGUCCCCUUUUUUAGGAACUCUGUCCGAUCAGUCGGCGAGCUGGAUCACGUAGCUGUUCCUCCAAUAGCUUCACAGAGUGAGAGCGGCUUCCAAGCCAAUUAACUCGCAUCUCAGCCGGAGCUCUAGUUCUGUUUAUCCAAUCAAACUCCCUGGGCACGAGUCCCCACGCUCUUUGACUGACGGCGAAAGAGACACACGAUGCCUGCGACGUCUCUGUGGAUGAUUUAUGACACAACUGACUGACACUAGAUAUUUAAAUAAGGUUAAACAGGACAUUUAGUGCAAACUGGACCUUUGUGGAUGGGACCUUCAUUUGGGACUUCGACAACUCUGCUUUACAGAAUAAUUCAGAUGGGCCUUAGACCGGCUCAGUUUUGAAAACAUGGGUUUGUGUGAACAAUGUGAUAAAAGAUUUAACGGAUAAGUCUUUUGUUAUUCUAUAUUUUUUCUUACAGUCAACGAGUAUCAUGCAUUAGAGCGUUUCUUUUUGUACUUUAAAGUUUAGUUUGGUUCUUACAAAACACAUAAAUCUUCAAAACCAGACCAUGAAUGUUUUUUUUUUAAGCAAAUUACUUUGCUUAAAGAAGUUGGCCACUGUAGAUUUUGACAAAUGUCACUCAAAUCGGAGUAAAAACUGCAUUUAUUGGGGACUAUUUUCAACUGCGGAUGAAUACACAUUUGGUGCCCUGAGUAUUUACAGCAGCAGGACGGUGUUUGUGCAACUAAAGUGCCCAAGUUCAUCGUAGUGAAGAAGAAUAUGAUACGUCAGGCACACUGACAAUUUUCUUUUGUUGACAGUAAGAAAAAUAUAGUAUUUGAUGAGACUUUACCUUUAAGUCCUCACAGCUCUAUGAGUUGUGUUAAGUUAUUUCAGUAUGCUGCUGCUGCUGUAGGUCGGUGUGAGACACCUUAAGACUGACGAUGUAAAUAUGUGGGUGUGUAAAAAAAUUAAAUAAAAGAGCUGUGAAGAAUGAAAAAAAUGAACAAAAAGAAAUAGUCUUGCUGUGUAGUAGCAUGCAUGCCAGCCAGGUAGUUUAGAAAUAUUUCUUUUUUUUUUUUACCUCUGCUUUUGUUUGAUUUUUUAUAUGUGAUGUUUUAAAAUGAAAGAUUACUUCUUUGGUAACUUAAAACUGGAUCUCAUUGGAGUGUUCCUGUAUAGGAAACAUGAUGUCAGCAGUAUUAAAGUCUGUUACGACUGCAGAUGUAUCAUCAUUACGGUGGUCUGUUCGUAUUUAGAAAACAAUAGACACAAAAGUAAAUAAUCGACUCUCAUUAUUUUCUCAAGCCUGAAAUAGCAAAGCAUGUGAAUUCAUAUGAGCUACGACAGAAUUAUAACUUACUUUAUUUCAAACUCAGCUGUUUUAUAACGGCCUCAUACCAGACUUCAUUUGUCAAUUUGCUAAUUUAGAUGUGGUCACGAUGUAUCAUCUACUGCAACAAGAAUCUCCCUGCUCCCUCGGAGUCACACAGGCUACAGUACACAUAAAGAAACGAUCAAGAUAGUGGCUAUCAAUAGCUUUUUUCUUAUCAAUGCACCAGCUGGUGACACAAAGGCAGCCAUUGUACGUGUAGCGUUUGUCGCAGGCAGCUCCAGCUCAGCCUGAGUCCUCACUGAUUGUAGCUUUGCCUCUGAUGCUUCGGCUUUUUUUCCACAAAAGCUUUCAAAUUUCAAGAACUUCACAUUCGUCUGUGUUGUGUCAACACUAGACAGAUGUUAAUACAGAGAUAAAUAUAUAACUGUCUAGCAUCCAUCUCCUCUUCCUCCUCCUCCUCCUCCUCCUCCUCCUCCUCUUCCUCUGCCCGGGUCCCCCUGGGUUACCUUCCUCAGCCAUCAUUGUAACUGUCACACCAAAAUGAAGCAGCACCUCGAGUGACUUUUGUAAAGCCACUAAAGUGUGUGUGUGUGUGUGUGUGUGUGUGUGUGUGUGUGUGUGUGUGUGUGCGCAGCUAAAAGUGAAAUACUGUUGACGAGGAAAACUUGAAGAAAAACAAAUGUGACUGUUUCAUUUUUCAUGUUUUAUUUUUGUUUUUUCCUUUUUCAUGAUGAUGUUUACUAUGUUGAUUAUUUAAUAAAGUAUUGAGCUGAAAUCCA